UCCCCCAGGCAGGAGGACAGCGCCCGGCCGGCACUUUUGCCCUCACUUUAGGAGUGUUUGUGGAUUUACAUGCCCAGCCUGCAAGAUGAUGUCCAUGAACAGCAAACAGCCGCAUUUUGCCAUGCAUCCCACCCUACCUGAGCACAAGUACCCCUCGCUGCACUCCAGCUCGGAAGCAAUAAGGAGAGCAUGCCUGCCAACUCCACCGGGCCUGGUGGCCGCGCACCACGGCGCCGCGGGGCAGGUGGGCGCGGCCGCGGGGCUGGCCUCCAUCUGCGACUCGGACACGGACCCGCGCGAGCUGGAGGCCUUCGCGGAGCGCUUCAAGCAGCGGCGCAUCAAGCUGGGGGUGACUCAGGCCGACGUGGGCUCGGCGCUGGCCAACCUGAAGAUCCCGGGCGUGGGCUCGCUGAGCCAGAGCACCAUCUGCCGCUUCGAGUCGCUCACGCUGUCCCACAACAACAUGAUCGGGCUCAAGCCCAUCCUGCAGGCCUGGCUGGAGGAGGCCGAGGGCGCCCAGCGGGAGAAAAUGAACAAGCCCGAGCUCUUCAACGGCGGCGAGAAGAAGCGCAAGCGGACUUCCAUCGCCGCGCCCGAGAAGCGCUCCCUGGAGGCCUACUUCGCCGUCCAGCCGCGGCCCUCCUCCGAGAAGAUCGCCGCCAUCGCCGAGAAAUUGGACCUCAAAAAGAACGUGGUGCGGGUUUGGUUUUGCAACCAGAGACAGAAGCAGAAAAGGAUGAAGUUCUCCAAAUAUUUCUGUACGCCAAAAUACAACAGGGAGAUGCGUCCCAGCACACUUACAAAUAAAGCAAACAUGAGAACAGAAUAG